AAGAGAAGUGAGCAAGGCAAGGGAACAUAAACAUAAACACGAGAAGUGGAGCACAGCCGUUCAUUCUGCUCUAAAUGUGCUGUUUUACUGAGAAGAAGCAGCAAGCAGGAGGAAUUACUCCAGGAGAAACUACGGACAUACUAAUAUAAAGAUGGAUAUUAAGGAAGAACCCUGCAGAAUAAAAGAUGAAGAUACAGAGGAACAAAUAGGAGAAGAAGCAAGCAGGAGGAAUUACUCCAGGAGAAACUACGGACAUACUAUUGUAAAGAUGGAGAUUAAGGAAGAACCCUGCAGAAUAAAAGAUGAAGAUACAGAGGAACAAAUAGACCUGAUGGAGGUGAAUGAAGACAAACAGCAUCAGUUUCAAAAACUGAGUUAUUUCACAAAUAAAGAUGGAAAUGCAGUCGUUUCAAAGAUUGAAGAGAAUUUCACACAGAAACAAGCUGGAAAAUCUGGAGUUAAAGGAUCUUUAACCUGUUCUGAGUGUGGAAAGAGUUUCAUACGUAAAUCAAACCUGAACACACACAUGAAGAUUCACACUGGAGAAAAGCCUCAUACAUGCACUCAGUGUGGAAAGGGAUUCAUUCACAAAGGACACCUUAAAGAUCACAUGAGAAUUCACACUGGAGAAAAACCUUUCACAUGCUCUCAGUGUGGAAAGAGUUUCAGUCAGAAAGGCGCUCUCAAUUAUCAUCUGCGCCGUCACUCUGGAGUGAGAUCAUUCUGCUGUGAUCAUUGUGAUAAAACAUUUGUUUUUGAAUCAGACUUAAAUAAACACAUUAAUGUUCAUUCUGCUGUGAAAACUUACUAUUGUUCUGGAUGUGGAAAGAGUUUUUCACGUCUUGGAUCUUUAAAACGGCAUGAGAGAAUUCAUUCUGGUGUGAGACCUUAUGUGUGCUUUGACUGUGGAAAGACCUUCACUACAUCCAGCGACUUAAAAACACACCAGAGAGUUCACACUGGAGAGAAACCGUACAAGUGUUCACACUGUGGAAAGAGUUUCACUCAGUUAAGAAACCUGAAAGAUCAUGAAAGAGUUCACACUGGAGAGAAACCGUACAAGUGUUCACACUGUGGAAAGAGUUUCACUCAGUUAAAAAGCCUGAAAGAUCAUGAAAGAGUUCACACUGGAGAGAAACCGUACAAGUGUUCACACUGUGGAAAGAGUUUCACUCAGUUAAGAAGCCUGAAAGUUCAUGAAAGAGUUCACACUGGAGAGAAACCGUACAAGUGUUCACACUGUGGAAAGAGUUUCACUCAGUUAAGAAGCCUGAAAGAUCACGAGAGGGUUCAUUCUGGAGAGAAACCGCACUAGUGUUCCUCAUGUGGGAAGAGUUACAGACAAUCAUCCACUCUACAGAAACAUAAGAAAAAUCAUUGCCUGAAGGUGUCUGAGUGAGCAAAGUUAACUUCCAUAACUUGUAAAUAAGCGAAAGAUUAAAUUACAUGUAAUACAGUAAUUUAAUCUAAAAUUUGUUUGAUAAGGGGAACUGGUUAAAAUGGUUGUGGACUGCAUUGUAUGUGUUGCAUGUGUUGUUCUUGUGACGCCCGUAUUGAUCCUCUGUUGUAAACACUGGGUUUAACUGUAUACAAGAUGAACUGAACAGUAAAGCAUAAUACUCAUGUCAGUGUCAUGGUCAUCUCAUACAGAUGGAACAAGAAUAAUAGUUCAGAAAACUAGUAGCCAUAAACCACUGUGAUUUAUGAAGGUAUGUGUUGUUGUUUUUUUUUUUUUUCAUUAUCUUCGUUGUGCAUGAGGCAUUUCACACUUUUGUUUCACUUAUGGAAUUAUUAGAUUGUUCGCAGUGUUGCCACAGUUACUUUGAAAAAGUAACUUAAUUACUUUACAAGUUACAAGUCAGCAGCUGCCGAAAACACCCCUUUUUAAUAGUAAUGUCAACAAUGGAUCUUCAUUGUACAUGUGAGGCAUUUGUGAAACAAUGGCAACAAUAGUCUAUCAAAUAGCAUUCAUAUCACAACUUGUUUUUAGUCUCGCUGUUUAGAAGUGAUGCAUUGAGAACAUAUUGAAGACUUUAUUGGAUUGAAUCACUCUCUGCAUAUUGUGAAAAAUGUGAGAAUUAAAAAUAAAUAAAACUAGUGGUUUAUUUAGAUUUAAUGAAUAGAUUUAAUUUAC